AGUUUCGUUUGAGUUUUUAUAAUCAGAGCAAGCCAAAGAUCGAUUGGAACAUAUAGGUAUACAAAUUUACCUGACAGUGCUUCGAUUUCUUCAGUUAAAAAUAGCAGAGUAUUUAAAAGUAUUCAAUUACAAUGACCAACGCCAGAAAAGAAGAUGAAAUAAAGCGCGACAAGCGGAAACGAUUGGAUGACCUCCUGGGGCGCAGCUACCGCCAGAAGGUGAGGAUCAUUCGCGGACUAACUGUCCGACAGGCGAGCGACGCGGAUCUCGAUCUGUGCGCCAAGUGGCUGAACGUUUUCAGACGUGCCACCAAGGAGGAACGCUGGGCGAAGGACUACCUCGUGGAACUGAUUCUGCGCCAGCUGCAGAAGACAGGCCACCUGUCGCUGCCCUUCACCAACCUGGCCAACUGCAGACUGGAUCUGCGCCUGCUCUUGGAUGAUGAGGGUCGUCAACGGCUGCGUCGCUUCAGUUCGCGGCAGGUGGUGGCCCCGAAGCCGUCGAGCAACAGUAUGGCCAUGAGGGUACUCAAGUCGUCUUCGUUCGAGUGGAGGCGCAGGUUGCGCCACCUGGACCAUCUGGAAGACCAGUUCCGGCGCGAGGAGCAGGAAGUGUGGAGCCAACAGCAGCCACCCGCGAGGGGUCUUGUGCCGGAGCCACCGGCUCCGCCCCCGCCGCCGCCUCCCACGACGCGCAAAGUGUGCAGAAGUCGGAAACGCGUCAAGACGAUCGGCGUUCAGGCGGGUGUUCCGGUGAUCACGCCACGGGCUGAACGUGAUCUCUGCGAGCGUGACCAAAAACAGCGCGAGAUCCUGAAGCGGCGGGAACGGGAUCGCGUGCAGCGGCAGCUCAGGGAGCAGGACCGGAAGCGGCAGAGGACUUUGCUGGCCGAGCAGCAGAGGCUGGACAGGCAGAGUCUGGAAAAGGCGCGUCAAGUGCGCGACCGACGCUUGCGGGAACAGCAGCAGAAAGUCAAGGAGCAGCGUGACCACGAGCGCCAUCUGUUAUUGAAAAGGAGAGAGGAGCAGCGUUUGUGGUCCCAACGACGUCCCACUACACCUUCAUCCCAGGAUGUGGAAAUUCAGCAGAGAGCGAGUCUGGAGCCGCAAAAAAACGCUCGACAUGACCACGAACAUGAUCCUCGCUAUUUGCCCCAAACGGCCAUGACCGUGCCAGUCGACAGCGACAGUACCCAAAGUGCAAGACGGAUUCAGCAGUUGCACCUCCGGGCGGAAAACAUCAGGCGCAAGCUGCUGGCCUAUGAAGAGCUCAAGAAAUACCAUCGGGAGAGGGCGACAGCCGAGCGGGAGCGGCUGGAUCGCAAGGAGUACCCAGACACAGAGACGGAUAGUCGAAAGCAGAAGCACGAAAAAUCCAGGAAUCCACAGAUUAAUGUGACAGAAAGAAAAAGGCUCAAUCAAAAAGCGCAGAUAGAACGCGAAACUGACCAAAGAGAAGAAUCCAAAGAAAAAAGGGAAAAUAAUCGCAAUAGGAUCAGGAAGCGACAGGAGAGUGAAGAGUUUGAACAAAAAGAAGGCCCAAUAACAGCAGAAAGCGAUCAUAAGGAAGAAUUCUGUGGAAGAAGGCAAGUUGAUGAACGGGAAAAGGAUAAAAUUGAUCGACGGAAUCAGAAGAAUAUGGAAAAACUUGAAAGAGAGCGGCAACGGGAGGCUAAAAUCCUUAAAGAGCGCCAGGAAAGAGAAGAGUUUGAAAGAAAUAUUUUGGAAAAAUUUGAAGCCGAACAAAGAAAACGGGAAGAGUUCGAUAGAAAUAGACAAGAGGAGCUUUUGAUUCUCAAAGAACGUCAGGAAAAAGAAGAAUUUGAACGAAGAGAAUUGGAAAAAAAGUUAGAAGCCGAUCGAAAACAAAAGGAAGAAUUGGAAAGACUGCAAGAAGAAGAGCUUAGACUCCGAGAUAAAGAAUUUGAAAAAAAAAUUUUGGAAAAACUAGAAGCCGAUCGAAAAAUAAGGGAGGAAUUCGAAAGACAAAGGCAGGAGGAACUCAAAAAUCUCAGGGAACGCCAGGAGAAAGAAGAGUCGGAAAGAAAAGAAUUGGAGAAGAAGCUGGAAGCUAAGCAAAAACAGAUGGAAGACCUGAAAAAAUUGCGAGAAGAGGAUUUAAAGUGUCUCAAGUCACUCCAAAGCAAAGAAGCACUAGAAGCCGAGCGAAAGGAAAGAGAAGCAUUCGAAAGAAAAACCUGCAAAGAAUGUGAACGAGAGAAGAAAAAAAUUGAAGAACUUGAAAGAAAAUCAAAGGACUUACAAGAGGGAGAUGUGAACGGGGAACUCGAUAAAAGAGAGCAAGAAGAGUACGAAAGAUUCGCCAGAGAAGAAGAAAGCAAUGAAGAAAAAAGACUUUUGGAAAAUCUUCGGCGCAGCAAGGAGGAAAUUGAAGCACGGGAGAGAAAGAUAAUUGAAGAUGAUUUGCAAAGAGAACAGAUCCUUAGAAAGUGGCUUCAAAAGCAAGAGCAAAAGGAAAACAGGGAAAGAGAAGAACGCGAGAAACGUGAAAGGAAAAUUAAGGAGGGCAUAACUGCAGAGAGUAACAAGCGCCGGGAAAGAGAGCAGGCUGAGAGAAAGCACCGUGAGAAACUUGAUCGAUUAGAAAGGGAGAGACAGGAAAUUAAACGCCCAAAUAAAAAGCGCCCGAAAAAGGUUCAAGUCGACGGGCAUAAUGCCGAUGGGAAAGGGGACGAAGAGGAGCUUGUUACCCGACGUUGUCCAGAAAGCCCGAACCAGGAGGAGAUAUAUAGGGAUUUAAGAAUGCAGGAGAUUACCCUCAGUGAGAAAACAGAGUUGAAGCUGCAAUGUGAGGCAAGAAAGGUGGCGAAGCGACUGCAGCGGCACCUGUUAGGUUCACUUGGUGUGCACGGAGAAAGGGUGCGUCAUUUGGGCAAGGAAAAUGACCCACAGAGAGUUGCAAGCGAGAGAAAAGCAAAAAGCCAGACGGAUAAUUGGUCUGUGGAGAAUCCCCCCGCAGACAUGACGAAAAUGGGGUUAAGUGGCAAUGAUGUGUCGAACGUUCGUCGAAGUGGUCAGCAACUAGAUCGCGAUCGAUAUGAGAACGCCAAUGUCCGCUUGAAAAAGGUCCAAGAAAGAAACAGCACGUUUUUUGAGGAGGUGAAGGAGAAGUUUCAGGAGCUCGAUAAGCUGCGCUUGAAAGCAGGAGAACUGGAAGCUCAAAAUCCUUUAAACAAGCGUUUCGAGAUAAGACCUUCAAAGGCGCGUCCGUCAAAGAAAGAUGCACAGAAACCAAUCAGUUCCAGUCAAGAGUACUUUCAGCCAGGAUCCCUGCAUAGGCUUAGCGAGCGAUGGUGUGACGAGGAACCCGGAGCAGAGGAUCCAGCCACUCAGGGUCGCAACGGCGCCAUCCUCUCUAGCAGCGAAAGCGACACGGUGCCGGAACCCCGUUACUCCCUCGAGGGCAAGUACUGUCCGUUCCUGAAGACCUACGCGGUGGAGACGCAAAAUGCUCAAUUCAUCCCACAUGAAGAAUCAGCUCAGGGAGGAGCCUACGGCGCCCAUGUACCCAACCAGGUGGACGAUUGGCGGAAGACACCACCAAGUUCGUACUCUACUGAGGAGGCAGAACCGGGCGAGGAACGAGCACGAGGUGGCGGCAAUCCAAGUGGCAUUCGCAUGACUUACUGCACACGAACUGGAAAGAAGCGUUUUCCGCAGAUCAAACAAAGCGAGAUUGGCCACGAUUCUAGCGGGCUGAAGGAGGAUCGGGUGCAGCAGAGACGAGUUUUCGGGCAGCUUCUCAAGCAGGCUCGAUCAUUCGAUUGCAGUCCGGAGAUAUUAAGAGCGGAGAACCGUCUUCUGGAGAAAAAACUGGCUCGAGCUAAAAACAAAUAUCUGAAGUGGUCAGUUCUGCGAAUGUCCAAGUAUCUCAUAAGUGUAUUCCAGAAUGAUGAAGCUAUCGAGAGUUCCGAGGAAGAGAAUGAAUCUCUGGAAAGUGGAGAGCUCGAGCAGAUCUAUGUGCAAGAGACCGAUAGCAAUAUGCUGGUUCCUAGGCCAAUCUUUAAGACUCUUAUUUUUACUCUGGUUACAUCCAACGAGUCGAUUUCCCCCCAUCUCGCGGACAAAAUAACCGAACUAGAAGACGAGCUGAAGGCUCACCUCAAGAAGAUUUCUAGACGCGCUUUUGCACAACGAGGUGCUGGAGCUCUGAAGCGGAAAGCCAAGUACUUGAUGGACCAGCAGCGUCAACUACAAAGUCGCCAACUGUCCGAGGUAUGUCGGAAUUCCGAGGAGCAGACUUCAAGGAUGUGGGGGCAACUAGCCAGCAGCAGUGACUCCUUGCGAGGGAUCAGGUAUCUCUUUCGCGACUGUUGCGACCUCCGAGACCCAUUUUUGUGCGUCGCACUUCAAAACAUCGAGCGUCUCUACAAGGAGUGGAAGGAUCAGCGGUUUGACGAAGAUUGGAAACAAAUCUGAUUUCGUUUUUUUCGUUCCUGUUGAAUUUCGAUAAUACCCACUAUUUCAAUUAAAGGCUAGCCUAAAUAAA